AAUAAUUUUCAGUGAGAUAAAAACACAUAUCGCGCGUCAACAAUUACAAUGACAAUUACAAUUACAAUUACAAUUACAAUUACAAUUACAAUUACAAUUACAAUUACGUGGAAUGGAAGGUGUGAGAGAGGCUAGGGAGUCGUUCCGUUUUAUUUUCCAGGAAAAAUAUUACCUACGUUACGUGUGUGGCUAACGGCUCUGGCAUCACAAAAUAAUAAUAAUAAUCAUUGUCCGACUCAAAAAGUCAUUACCCUUUUCCCUCCCAAGCAACGGUUUUACUCAUUCAUUCACUCUCUACAUAAAUCCCCCAUCAACAAAAACAACCAAACAGAGACGGAGACAGAGUCACAGAGAGACCCGAGUUUCAGUUUAUAGUUAGUUACUCACCUAUCGCGCGCUAAUGCCAAGGAAAGGGAUGAGGAUCCUUUGCUUCCCCUCCAAGUCACCAUCCAGAGCCUCCUCCCUCUCCCCUGCAACUCCUCCUCCUCCGCGCAUUAACUUCUCAGACUCCAUGAUCGACCAAAGCAUCGCGGCUGCCGCUUCCAUCAUAUCUAAAUGGAACCCUGAGACCUCCCCCUACGCCAACGUCACCUCUCUAUUCUACCAGAACAAGACAGAGGCCAUGCUCUUCUUGAAGCGCGUCAACGACCUACAGAAGGCCAUGCAUUUGUUACCCUCCCAGGAUUCCAGACUCCUCCAAGCUCACACCUUAAUGCAGAUCGCCAUGAAGCGACUGCAGAAGGAGUUCUACCAGAUUCUCUCUAUGAAUCGUGCUCACUUGGACCCCGAAUCCGUCUCCUCACGUGCGUCCACCAGGUCCAGCACCUCCGAUUAUGAAGAUGAUGAUGACCUUCUCGCCACCACCGGUUAUUCUAUCUCCGAAGUGGAACAGGUGUCCUCUAUUGCCAUGGCGGAUUUGAGAUCAAUUUCCGACUGCAUGAUCUCCUCGGGUUAUGCCAAAGAGUGUAUAAGCAUCUACAAAAUCAUCCGCAAGUCGAUCGUGGAUGAAGCCAUUUACCGGCUAGGCAUCGACCGAAUUACCUCUUCCAAGAUCAACAAAAUGGACUCGAAGACCUUAGAAUUGAGAACCAAGAACUGGUUGGAGGCCGUGAAGAUCUCAAUGACUAGUCUUUUUAACGGAGAGAGAAUCCUUUGCGAUCAUGUCUUCGCCGCCUCAGAUUCCAUUAAAGAAUCGUGCUUUGCUGAAAUAUCUGGACAUGGAGGGACGAUUUUGUUUGGCUUUCCGGAGAUUGUUGCUAGAUCCAAGAAAUCUUCACACGAAAAUAAAAUAUUCCACUUGCUUGAUAUGUACACUGCAAUAGCCCAGAACUGGCCGGAGAUUGAAUCGAUCUUCUCCUUUGAAUCAACCUCGGCUGUCCGAUCACAGGCAGUAACUUCACUAAUCAAGCUUGGAGAGUCGGUUCGUGCAUUGCUAUCCGAUUUCGAAGUAAGUAUCCAAAAGGACUCGUCCAAGUUGCAGGUUCCCGGCGGUGGAGUCCAUCCCCUCACUGUCUAUGCCAUGAACUACCUCUGUCUCCUCGCGGAUUACAGUACUGUCCUACCCGACAUCCUCACCAACUGGCAUCCCCCAGCCAAAUCAUCCUUGCCGGAAUCCUACUUUGACAGUCCAGAAUCCGAUGACUCUACAGCGCCGGCGAUCUCCUUGCGGUUCGAAUGGCUAAUUUUGGUCCUUGUGUGCAAGCUCGACGGCAAAGCGAAGCAUUACAAGGAAGUCUCACUGUCGUAUCUCUUCUUAGCAAACAAUCUGCAGCAUGUGGUCUCCAGAGUCCGCACCUCCAACAUCUCCUACUUGCUCGGUGAAGACUGGAUCGCCAAGCACGAGGCCAAGGUUAGACAGUUUGCGGCGAACUACGAGAGGCUGGCGUGGGGGAAGGUGAUGGAGACACUGCCGGAGAAUCCAACGACGACGGUAUCUCCAGAGGAAGCCAAGGGGCAUUUCAAGAGAUUCAACCUGUGUUUCCAAGAAGCUAGCCGGAAGCAGAGUUUGUGCGUGGUACCGGACCCGAGACUGCGGGACGAGAUCAAGCUGUCCCUAGCGAGAAAGCUGGUGCAGGUUUACAGAGAAUUUUACGAUACGCACGAGCAGAGGAAGCAGCCGGGGUCAUUUGUCAGAUUUGCCCCUGAAGACAUACUGAAUCACCUCUCGGAUCUUUUCUUGGGGGAGUCGGUUGGGGUUGACAGUUCUUCUUCUUCUUCAACGUCUUUGUCCAAUCCGCGGCACAGAGUUUAGAUUCUUUUUUACUUUUAACUAGUGGCCUGAAAUGAAUUCUGUAUCAUUUUCCUGGGGGUGUAUAUAACUAUAUACUCUCUUUUUUUUAAAAUUAUUCUAAGAGAUUAAAUCAUUAAUCAAGCAACAAAUUGUUAACA